AUGUCGGAAUCCACGCCGACAAAGGCCAUUGCGCCGACGGCCAACACCAACGCCAACCCCAACAAGCGCAAGGAAAGCAAAAGAGUGAUGGAAGCGCAAAAGACCUACGGCCGCGGCAAGGGCAUUCACACCCACAGCAUCCGGGACAAGAAGCUGCGCAGCAACCUGAAGGCCGUCGAAGCCAAGUUCAAGGAGGCCGCGCUCCGGGCCAAGGAUGCGGAGAUCCUGCUGGAGCACGAGGCCGGAUUCAUCGAGACCGAGGGCGAGUUGGAGCGGACGUACAAGGUGCGUCAGAGCGAUAUCCGGGAUAACGUGGGCAUCGAGACGGCCAAGAAGGGGUUCGAGCUGAAGUUGACCGACAUGGGCCCCUACCGCUGUGACUAUACGAGGAACGGCCGCGAGCUGCUGCUGGCGGGCCGCAAGGGCCAUGUUGCGACGAUGGACUGGCGGAACGGCAAGCUGGGCUGCGAGCUGCAGCUGAACGAGACCGUCCGGGAUGCCCGGUGGCUGCACAACAACCAGUACUUCGCCGUCGCGCAGAAGCGAUCCGUCUACAUCUACGAUCACGCCGGUGUGGAGCUGCACUGUCUGAACAAGCACCUCGAGCCGCUCUUCCUCGAAUUCUUGCCCUACCAUUUCCUUCUCGCUAGCGCGCAAAUGAGCGGCUACCUCAAAUACACCGACACCUCGACCGGUCAAAUGGUGGCCGAGCUUCCCACGCGCAUGGGAGCGCCGACCUCCCUCGCCCAGAACCCCUGGAACGCCAUCCUGCACGUCGGCCACCAGAACGGCAGCGUGACGCUGUGGUCGCCGAACUCGCAAACGGCGCUGGUGAAGGCGCUGGUGCACCGCGGCCCGGUGCGGUCGAUGGCUAUCGACCGCCAGGGCCGGUACAUGGUGUCGACGGGCCAGGACCAGAAGAUGAACGUGUGGGACAUCCGGAUGUUCCGGGAGGUGCACUCGUACUCGUGCCACCAGCCGGGGGCGUCGGUGGCGAUCAGCGACCGCAACCUGACGGCGGUGGGCUGGGGCACGCAGGUCAGCGUGUGGCGCGGGCUGUUCGACGCGGCGCAGGCGGACCAGGGCAAGGUGCAGAGCCCCUACAUGGCGUGGGGCGGCGACGGGCAGCGCAUCGAGAACAUGCGCUGGUGCCCGUUCGAGGAUGUGCUGGGCGUGGGCCACGACCAGGGCUUCGCCAGCAUCAUCGUCCCCGGCGCGGGCGAGCCCAACUUCGACGCCCUGGAGGCGAACCCCUACGAGAACACCAAGCAGCGCCAGGAGGCGGAGGUGCGCGGCCUGCUCCACAAGCUGCAGCCGGACAUGAUCUCGCUCGACCCCAGCUUCAUCGGCAAGCUGGACACGAUCCGCGAUCAGAAGAACCGCGAGGAGCGCGACCUCGACCGCAAGCCCGAGGACCCCAUGGAGAAGCUCAAGAACCGCGGCCGCGGCCGCAACAGCGCCCUGCGCAAGUACCUCCGGAAGAAGGGCCGCCGCAACGUCAUCGACGAGAAGCGGGUCAAGGCGGAAUUGCUGCACAAGGAGCGCACCGCGCGGGCCAAGGACAAGUUGCGGGCCGAGCGACAGGAGCUGGGGCCUGCUCUGGCUCGCUUUGCGAAGAAGGAGAUGUGA